GCAGUUUCGGGGUGGAUUUGUGGCACUUUUGGGGUGGAUUUUGGGGCGGAUUUCGGGGUUUCUCCAGGUUUCUCCCGCAGCGUGUUUGGGCGGAUUCGUGGCACUUUUGGGGUGGAUUUUGGGGCAGAUUUGGGGUGUCUCCAGGUUUAACCCUUUCCUUCUCCCGCAGCGCCCUCCUCGGGAGCCGCGGAGCCGCCGGGCCGGGCGGGGCAGGCAGAGAGGGCGGGGCCGCGCACAAUGCGGCGAGGUCACAGUGCAGGACUCAGCCAGGGACCUUUGUUGUUUUAUUUUUGUGCUUUUUUUUCCCAAUUUUUUUCCGGGGGGUGGUUUUUUUGAAAAAUGUCCCCCCCCAAAAAAAAAAAAAAAAGAAACAAAACACCAAAAAAAACCAAAAAAAAACCCAAAAAAACCCCCCGAUUUCGGGGCCCGGCGGACGGCGACGAGCGUAGGUUCCGCUCCAAGUACCACCCGGACGAGGCGGGCCGGCGGCAGCAGGAGGCGCAGGCGGCGCUGCGGAACCGCCUGCGCGUCUUCCUGUACCUGUGGGAGCGCGGCUGGCUGGACGGGCUGCUGCUGGACAUCGAGCGCGCGCCCCAGAUCGUCAAGACGCUGGACGCGGGUACCCCGGCAUCGGGGGGCGCUGGGGGG